AUGCCCUCACCACAAGAUUACUCCCAAGACGAGAAGUUCCACCACGAAGGCGGCAUGCCCUCGGCUCUAGGACACGGCGUGCGUGGCGGCGAACCAACCACGGAGCGCGAGCGGCAGGCCACGGGGUACGCUGUGGCUGGUAACGAAUCUGGUCAAGUAAGACAGAACGACAGUGUCGACGCGGACCAGCAGCUUGAGACGUUUGCUGAGGGCGACGUGGCAAGGGCCGUGGCCAAAAAGUCUGGGGCGCAGAGAUAUCAGUACAAUGAUGAGAACGAUACCAGUCAGUCCGGUGAUCUUCAGCUUGAGAGUCUGCAUGGAAGGGGAAGGGGCGAGGUGUCGCUUGAGGCGAACGAGGCGGAUCUGGAGAGGCGAGUUUUUCUUAUUUCAAAAAAGGCACAGCAGUCGGUGGCUAGGGAGCAAAUCAAGGAUGCGCGGAAGAUGGGCGUCGAUGUGGACGGUCGGGGGCAGACCGGGCCGAGCGGGAGACAGCCGAGGGCGGAGAUUGAUUAA